CGAUCACGUUGUUGCAUUGAGAUGUUGGUGGUCAGUGCUCUAGUUUGUCUGUUAGUUUUUGACUUUAACUUUUCGAAAAAGCUUGUUUCGGCCCAGGAUGACUGCGGUUAUGUUGGCUGUCAUCCGACAAGGAAAGGGAAACUGAACGUGCAUCUAGUGGCACACACGCAUGAUGAUGUGGGCUGGCUCAAGACUGUUGAUCAGUAUUAUUAUGGAAGCAACAAAGUGCAUUCCCCGUUCGGAGUGCAGUAUAUUUUGGACUCUGUGAUAUCUGAACUCCUCAAAAAGAAGGAUAGGAGGUUUGUGUACGUGGAGAGCUCGUUCCUGUGGCGAUGGUGGACGGAGCAGGAUGAGGACCUGAGGGAGGAGGUGCAGACCCUGGUGAGAGAGGGAAGACUGCAACUGCUGCAUGGAGGCUGGUGCAUGAGUGACGAGGCCACUCCACACUAUUCAGCACUCAUUGAUCAGAUGACACUCGGUCUCAAAUUCCUGAAUGACACAUUUGGAGAAUGCGCACUGCCGAGAGUGGCGUGGCAGAUAGAUCCGUUCGGCCACUCGAGCGAGGUGGCUCUGCAAUUUGCGCAGAUGGGUUACGAUGGCCUGUUCUUCGGCAGGCUCGACUAUCAGGACUACGCACAGCGCAAAUACACAAAGAACAUGGAGACGGUGUGGAGGCCAGACACUAAACUUGGGGAAAUGGGAGACCUGUUCACAGGUGUACUGUACAACCUGUAUAUGCCACCUGAUGGAUUCUGUUUUGACACGUACUGCAGUGAUGAGCCCCUCAUGGACAACCCCAAACUCCAUGGAUACAAUGUCAAUGGUCGUAUAGCCCAGUUUGUGAAGGCAGCUGAGUCAUGGGCCGAAGCCUAUAAGACGCAUCAUGUCAUGAUCACUAUGGGUGGUGACUUCAACUACAUUGUUGCCUCGUCCUGGUUCAAAAAUAUGGACAAACUUAUCAAAUACAUAAACCAGAAAUACAAGGACGUGAAUGUGUUGUACUCAACACCGGCCUGCUACUUGAAGGCAGUGCAUGCUGAGAAUAUCACUUGGCCUGUCAAGGAUGAUGACGACUUCAUGCCGUAUGGCAGCGACGAACAUUCCUAUUGGACUGGCUACUACACCUCCAGACCUAAUCUCAAGUAUCUCGUCUACAAAGGAAACAACUUUUUGCAGGUUUGUCGACAACUGCGAGUGGCGCUGGGAGGAGGCCUCGAGAUGGAGGAGGAGGAGCUGACUAUGGCUAGAGCAAUGGCGGACGCACAGCAUCACGACGCCGUGUCGGGCACAGAGAAGCAACAUGUCGCAGACGACUACACUCUGUAUCUCAGCGAGGGAUUCCAGUCCUGCAACAAAGUGCUCACCGCAGCUUACAGGAAGUUGUUGGGAUCCAGCCUGAAGGAGCAGCAUUUCUGUCUGUGGAGCAACAUAAGCGCAUGUAGCGUCAGCGAAGGGGCGUCCAAAUUUGCGGUCAACGUUUACAACCCACUCGCGCAGGUUGAUUCCACUUACGUUCGCAUCCCGGUAUUCCUUGGCGAUUACAAAGUCACUGGACCUACAGGACAAGAAGUACCAAGUGAAUUAGUUCCGUUACCGAAGCCAGUGCAGUUGAUUCCGGGCAGAAAGGCGAACGCAACAGUUGAGCUUUUAUUCGAAGCGGACAACAUUUCGCAGCUCGGCCUCAAGUCGUAUCACAUUGAGAGGCUGGGCAGUGGUGACUCAUCCAAGGUGGACGUCCAGGAGUACAACAUGACAUUCAAUGCUACCGAAGAUGUCGUCGUCGAUAAUGGGGUACUGCAACUAAUAUUUAACGGCUCAACGGGACUUCUAGAAUACGUCACCAAAGAUAAUGAGACAUGGCUUUUCAGACAGAACUUUUACUACUACGAAGCUUCCAAGGGCUACAACUACAACUCAGAUAAUAGGGCUUCUGGAGCUUAUAUUUUCAGGCCAGCCAAAGAAACAACCUACCUGAUUAGUGAACAAGUGCAGAUUUCCGUUUUCAAAGGCAAGGAGGUGACAGAGGUCCAUCAAGUGUUUGAUACAUGGCUGAGUCAAAUUGUGCGUGUCUACAAAAACCAGGAUCAAAUUGAGUUCCAAUGGCUGGUCGGUCCUAUACCUGUCGAGAAAUGGACAGGCAAAGAAGUGAUCACCAAGUACAAGACGACUCUGCAGACGAACGGAGAACUGUGGACGGACAGCAACGGAAGGCGGAUGAUAAAGAGGAAGCGCAACUACAGAUCGAGUUGGAACUUGACGCUGACUGAGCCAGUGGCCAGUAACUACUAUCCCAUCACCUCGGCCGCCGCCAUCAAAGACGACCAGAGACGCGUCACUGUAUUGGUCGACAGGGCACAGGGAGCAGCCAGUCUCCAGGAUGGAGAAAUCGAAAUUAUGGUCCACCGCCGCCUUUUGUACGACGACAACAAAGGCGUCAGCGAGCCCCUGGACGAGAUCCAGUUCGGCGAAGGUCUGGUGACCCGAGGCACCCACAUUGUCCAGCUGACAAGGAGCGAGAACGCAGCCACGCCCUCUCACUCCUCCACCCACCGCAUCCACGGCAGUCCCGUAGCCAAUGAGCACUCAGCCACCCAGCAGGACCAGCCAAUCAGCGACGUUGUCUUCUCGGAGGGGGCGGAGAAACACCGCACCGCGGCCAAUCGCAUCGUCAACAGUCCCUGGCUGUCGUUCUACCGCACACACAAGACCGCCACUGAGUGGUUGUCCAGUCACAAGACGCAGUACAACGGAAUACUGAAGAAUCCUCUGCCAUCGAACGUGAAUCUGCUGACAUUGCAGUGGUGGUCGGCAAAUUCAUUCCUGGUUCGAUUUGAGCACAUGUAUGACGUCAACGAGCAUCAAACACUAUCUCAACCAGUCACCUUCAAUUGUUCUGAUUUCUUCUCAGACUUCACCAUCACAAAAGCAGUUGAACUGAACCUGUCAGCCAGCAAGGAGAAACAGAACAUGUCCAGACUGCGCUGGAGACACGAGGGACCCAUCACCAAGACCAACCAGCCUGACAACAAGCCACUGGACGAGUCCCUCACCGUAACCCUCAACCCCAUGGAAAUAAGAACAUUCAGGUUAUAUGUUACACGAAAAACCACAUGAUAACUCACCACCCACAACUAUUGAUGGACUAUUUUAAUGUGUGACAACUGAAUUCCAUGCAAAUUCAGUGUUAAAUUUCCUUCAGAUCAAUCUAUAUAAAGGUACCUUACUUGAAUCCUAUGUUAUAUGUAUAUCUAACAGAUCACCAUUAUCUAUCUAGAGUAAGGUGCUGUCUUUCCCUUGAACUCUCAUUAUAUUUGUAAAGGUAUCUUACUUGAAUCCUAUGUUAUAUGAUUAUCUAACAAAUCACAGUUAUCUAUUAUGAAGUACUGUGCUAUCAUCCCUUCUAAAUUCCAAAUUUCUAAAUUUGCAUUAUAUUUGUAAAGGAACCUUACUUGAAUCCUGUGUUACUAAGUACUGUAUUACAGAGCACUCUAUAAUUUAUAUAGAUUUUAGUGUUAUCUUUCCAUCAGGUUUUUAUCAUCAUCCUAUCUUAAGGUACCGUACCUUGUUGAAUAAUAAUUUGUGCUAUCUUUCCUCUCCAACAAAUAAUUAUGAUCUAAUUUGUGAAGAUUUCUCGUGUUAUAUUUUUUAUUAAUUAUCUACUAUUAUUAUAAAUGUACAUUUAUGCUGUAAUUGAUUAGUCAUUAUCAAAUUCAGUUUCAAAAUUUCAAUUUGAUGUGUUCUCCUAAAGAUUACCAUUAUCUAGAUUAUCUAUUCAUAAAUUUCCGUGUUAUAGUUUACUUCAAUAUUAUUAUUAGCGUAUGGCUUUCAAUGAUGGGGAGACCCAAGGGUAGUUCCACCUCGCCGUAUAUAGUCCAAAGUUCCCUAAUGGGAAACCGGACACUAAGGUUAUAGUGAGAAAAAUACUUUAAAUUUUUCACAUUUCACUUUAAAAUUAUUUUUGAUGUUAAAAAGUCCAAACAUAUAUAAAACUGAAACAAAACACAAUUUUACUUCAAUUAUCAUUAUUUCCAAUGUACAUUCAGGUUGUUAUUGAUAAGUCAUCAUCAAAUUCAGUGUUAAAUUUACUUUGGGCUAUCAGUAUCUAUCUAAAGGUACCUUACUUAAAUUCUGUUGUGUUAUCUUUCCUAUAUAUUACUGUACCAUUAUCUAUACAGAGGACUGUUUCAUCUCUCUCCUCUUUUAGAGUUCUAUCAUGAUGAAUGUAAUAUUUAUAGGUGAUUAAUAAGUUUGACAUUAGUGUGUUUGAAUUUUCUUUAAAUGUACCUUCUUGAUUCUGUGUUAUCUCACUCACAGAUAAUCAGUCAUUAUCAAGUCAAUGUUAAAUUUACUUCAGAUUGUCAUUAUCUAUAUAACGAUACCGUAUCUUACUACUUGUAUUCUGUAUUAUCUCCUCUUUCAUAUUUUAUUACCAUCAUAUAAUCAAAUAUAUGUUUUGUUUUUUUCCUUUGGACUGAUGAUAUAAUACGGAAGUACUUAACUUUGCAUGAUAAUUUAUUAUUCUCACAGACUACCAUAAAAACUAUGUGUAAUUUUUUCCUUCAAGUUCCUGUCAUUAACAAUAUGAAUUUAAUUGACUUUUAUGUUAUAUCUUCUACCAUAGAUGAAGGAUAAGUAAGACUAUAUUAUUCUUGUCUCUGCUUCUACUGAUUGGCCUUCGUGAAGGGAGAUUUAUUAUGUGCUAUUUUCCUUUAAGAUCACUUUACUCAACACUUCAAAUUUCAUCAUCAUUAUCAAUGUGAUUCAUCUAUUGUGAAUUAAUUAUUGAAGUACGUUUUAUGUAUUUUUUUUCAUUUCUACUUUUACUGGCUCAUUUUUCGGAGGUAAAUCAAAUUUUCAUCAAGAACAAUUUUAACAAAAAACAAAAUAGAAUAACUUGAAUAAUAAGAUAAAGAACAUAAAUCUCAACUUACUUUUAAACAAUUAACUCUCACUAUUAUCUUUCAGUUAGUUUUAGUGAUGUAGGAUAGGCCUAUAUUAGUUACGGUAAUAAUUUGAAGAGGAAACCAAAGUUAUAUUUUCAGUUUCCUUUCUCAUUCUACUUUUUGGAAGGAAAUUAGGAGUUAUCAACUGUAAUGUGCUUGUUCGGAUCAACUAUUGUUUUAAUCACUUUAAACAAUAAUUUUCAAAUUUUUAGAUUUGUAUAGAUAGCCUAUUAUGGUCAAAAUAGAUUAAUAAAAUCAACACUUAUCUUUGUUCCGAAAGGGAUUUUUAGUUAUGUAAUUUGAUUAUACUUCUUUCACCAUUAAGUUUUUUAAGUUUGUUACUUCUUCCAAAUAAAUAACAUUAGAGUGAAUAUCAAUUGUUCUGUGAGUAUUUAUUGUUUAAUUUAGAUAUAAUAUGAUUAGUUGUAGCAAUGUAUGGUUUAUAUGCACAAAUGAAUAUGUGUACUUUAUUGUAUUUUGUGAUUAAAAUCUUGUGCCCAUUGUCAA